AAGUCUCACCAGUCUUCCGAGCGUAAUUUCUUCUCGUUUCUCUCGUAAUCCCUCUCGGGCGCGACACACCAAGCGUAAAAUACGCGGUCAUAGACGAAGCGUCCCUGGCAGAAGGGGAAAAAGGGAAAUUAAUGGGGCAACGUGUUCCCGCCAAAAAGGCGAGCCGUUGCCGUGGCGGGCAGGCGCCAUGGCGCCACUGUCGUCAGACGCGAUCACUGUUUUCAUACUCAUCUCGUGCAGCAACGGCAAUUAAAUUCCAGAUCGAAAGAGGGAAUCAAAAUUUUUUCCACGGCCUGCCAGACGUAAGUCGACAUCGCGUUGGUUUCGUGGCACCGGUCGGAUUGAAAUCGACAACGGGCCAAGUGUGUUCGGAAAAUAUUCAUGGAUAGACAGGAAGUGAAUAGUCGGGGAGAGCUUUCGUGACGAGAGCCAUCUUGACGAGCAUCGGCUCAUGAUAGACAGAGGACUAGCCUGUAGCGAGCGGCAGCGGCAAUGGCAUCGUUUCUAAAUGUUUUCGUGGAUUCUGAACGCCCGCAUUGCCAGCAGCUAGAAUAAUCGUUCCGUACCGGUAACGAUCAAUCACGUUGGAGCCGGCUGCUAUCUCAAGAUCGAACUUAUCUAAAGAAACUUCGAGGAUAAAGAUUUUAUUACUUAAUUAAACAACAUGGAAGGAAGUGAUGGCCCUUCGGCCAUCAGUAGUAAUCCUACUGCUAUUAAAGCUGCACAGGAAGAGAUGGGAAGAUUAGAUGUUCUUGUUUGUGGGCAGUGCCAUUCAGUGUUUCAUUUUAUUGAAGAAUUUCAAGAGCAUCGUACAAAAGAAGGCGCUUGUACCCAAAUUUCACAUUUUCGUGAAAAUAGUAAUAAUGAACAAAAAGCACAAGUGUGGGCUUUCCUUUUAUGGAAAGAUUCACAAAUCCAGCAGGAGAGUUCAGAUAAAGACUCAACAAAUUCAUGGAAACUGUAUCAAAAAUGGUGCAAAAUGGAUACGCACAUAAGGGAUUCAUGGAUCGCAGCUGGAAAAACUAUUCAAACAUUCACGAAAAUCAGCAAUGCAAAAAUGCAGGAUGUACCAAGGCAGAAUCAAAUAACUACUAAUGCAGAAGGGAAACCAGUAGUUGUUCGUAAAGUAAUUAGAAAUGGACAACCAGAAGACGAUAGUAAAAAGGAUAAUAAAACUGUAGAAGCAAAGAAUCAAAAAAGCAAUGAAUCCUUCGACGAAGUAGAAAAGAGAGAGAAACCAAAAUUGAGACCAACGAUAAAACUUAAGAUUAAAUCUAAUAAAGCUGGCGAUGACGAUCGAGAUUCAAGCGACGAAGAAUAUAUAGUAGAAAAGAUAUUAGCAAAACGAUUUAAUCCAAAAAAGAGAUGCUCGGAAUAUCUAUUAAAAUGGGAAGGUUUCGGACAUGAACACAAUAGAUGGGAACCUGCUGAACAUGUAGCUACGUGUAAACAUUUGUUAGAAGAAUUUGAAAGAAAUCUUGCUAAAAAAAAAGAAUUGAAAGCUGCUCAGCAGCAGGGUAACACAAAGGCAGCAGGACGAGGCGGUCAUCCUGCUCAGAAAACAAUUAUAAAAACAGAAGCUAAACCUGGACCAAGUACUGCAGCUCAAGUAGGACGACCUAUGCGAUCAAGCAAAUCAAAAGCAAUGGAUCAAGUAAAGCAAUGGUGCGGUUCUAUGAAAGAUGAAGACAAUGACCUACUAGGGAAGAGGAGGCUUGAUGACUCCGAGAGUGAUUCCGAGGAUGGAGGCAGUAGCGCUGCGAAACGAACGAAAGGCGACACAGGUAGUGACGAAGAUUGGACUGGAGAGUCCGAGGAGGAAAGAUUGUUGGGUCGAAGCGAUAUGAUUCAACGCGCGUUUAAUCGUGCCAAUGCUCAAUCAAACGGGUCUAACAGAGCAAGUGGUUCGUCUACAGAUCUUGCGACUUCAUUGGGACUUCAAUCUCCCGAAGGAGCAAAAUCUAACCAACCACCGGUUUUAGUCGCGAAUGCCAAAGGAGUUGUUAAAGUUGACCCGAAGCAAAUGCCAAACUUAACGUCCGGUGUUUAUGUAAUGUCACGGAAAGAUGGCAUCAUCAAGUUGGAUUCGUCCCCUAGCGGGAAAUUGGCUGUAAAAGGUUCGCCGACCACGCAAGGUGUUUUGAUGGUUCAAAAUCGAGAUAAUACUAACGUAGUGAGGAAGCAAGUAAUAUCCGCAUCGCAAUCGAAUUCUGUAACGCCGGUAAAAGUGGUUUCUAAAAUGGAUGGAAGUCAAGUAGUAACGCAGAUGAAAGUAGUUUCUAAGCCUGUUACGAAUAAAGCAGGUGGUACACAGAAAACCGAGCCUAUAAAGAUCCAGCCGAAACCAGAUCCGACACAGUUACCGCAGAUACAUGUCGUGACCGCGGUGCCGGCUCCCAUAACUUUGCAGCCAAGAAUAAGUACAGGAAUACGUCCUGGACCUGUUACAGGCCAACGCAGUGCGGACGGUCGACCUUUGUUACCGAGACCUCCACUGCGUGCGACGACACCAACUAGCGUACUUGGAAUCGGAUCAACAAUCCGCACACCUGUUAGGGCGCCAGCCCCGAGACAAGUUCAGUCCCAGCAAACACGUCAGGUGCUACAAAAACGUACGACGGCUGUAACUACGCAAAGUAACUCGGUGAGUCCUGGAAAUGUUACACAAAUUAGACCGAAGUUCGCGAUGCUUAGUCCACAGUCGAAGCAAGUGGUAAAAUCUGGAACUAGUCCAAUGCAACAGGCUAAACAGUCGCCGAAAACACCAGUUGGUAAGCCACAGUCAUUAUUAUCUCCGCAGCAAAAGUUAUUAAUGGCAAAAAGAAAAGCUCAAGAAGCAGCAGGUAUCAUUAAACCAGGUGGCCGCGGCCUCCUAGCAGCUGCUCGCGCUACUGCCGGCCGAGGUAGAGGGAAGUUACCUGAAACACCAACGGCCGCUACUCCAGGAAACAAACUGAAAGAAAGUAAGUUGGCGGAGGGUGAUGGACUUCAUAUGGAAUUCCACGAGGUAGGCUCCGAAGAGAGUAGCAGCGAUGGUGAACCGGAACUUCCACCUUCUGAAGCCGAUACCAUUGCCACUACGGAGCCUGACAGUCCACCAAGGCCGUUUACUCUUUGUCCAUUGACGGGACGUAUUAUCGGACCGGAUGGCGAACCCGUCGAACAAUCGGCCGAACCGGAACCAGAACCUGAAUCUGCCGAAACACCGUUAUCCACCAUUAAAACCACCACAGCUACAUCAGAAAGUAUAGACGUCACCACUACAACUACCACCACAGAAUUAGUCCUACCUUCCCUUGAUUCUCUUACAGAGGGUGGUGGAAUAAUGAGAGUCGAAAUGAGUCCUGGUGGGACGACGGGAACGAUCGUUCAGACCAGCGAACCAGCGCAGAUCAAUUUAACAAAUGUAUCUGUUCCUGCGCCAGAUCUUCCCUGCUUGGAUGACACAGCUCCUACCGUGGCUACGCCAGCCACUACGACGACAACACCGUUGACAGAAGCGGCACCAGCUAGUGAAUCCUCGAUCGCACCGGGAUUGACCACGGCUACAGUUACCUCGACUAGCACGAUAGCGAUCGCUUCUACUGAUGUGAAAACUGAAGAGAAAAUAUCGGAGGAAAGGAAAGUGGCCGAGGACACCUCGAACUUAGUAACGAUAACUGGGGAGGAUGGUGUCGUUUAUCAAGUGGCUGGCCAAGCUGAGGAUGGUCAAACACUAUUAGUGACUCGAGAUGCUGAUGGCGAGCAACAAUGUGUAUAUGUUACCACGGAGCAACAAGGAGACGAGGGAUCCGUAUUAACAUUGGAUCAUGCUGUGGCGGAAGCUGUAGCUCAGUUGAUACCCGAUCAAGUAAACCUAGCCUCGCAGUUCUACGUAAAAGAAGGUGGAACUGAACCUGCUGAAAAUCCAAUGGUGAUGUCUAUCAUGGACAAUACGAAUGCGGCGGAUGUGACAGAAGGGCAAGAAGACAGUGAUGGUCACGGUCAAGUUGUAGCUCAAGUUGUACAAGCGGAAGAGCCAACACCAGGUGGAACUAGAAGAGUGGUCUUACUCUUACCUGAUGGAAACUUGAUGAUGACAGAAGUAACGGAAGAACAGUACGCUGCGCUCGGACUUGGCAAGUGAAGAGACACUUAAUGUUAAUAUUAUGCGAAAUGAAUAAACGAUUAUGCAUCGAACUAAUCAAUUUACAAUGGAAGUUGUACGCUUAAGGGGUGACCGUGGGUUGUAUAUAUGUAAGAACGUUCACUUCGUACAAUUAAAACGGAUAAAAUUAUUUACAAUUGUCCCAGUUAAAAACAGAUGUAUGAAAAAAAAGGGAGGCAAAUACAAAACGAUACACGUAGCUGAUGUAUUGUAAAAAAAAGAGAAGAAAAACUAACAGGAUCAAUUACACAGAAAUCUAGAACGUUAGAUUAAUGGAUAUAUAAUUAUGUUUUAGAAAUUCACGUUUCAAUGUCUGAAAUUCCCUGAAAUUUUAAUUUUAUUCGUUUAAUUUAUAAAAAAAAAGAGAAGAAACAAAGAGUAUACAAAAGCAUACUGCAUCUUCGAUUGAAAAACGAUAUCAUUAUACAUUUGAA